AUGGUUCAGUGUGACUUCUGCAAGCUGUGGGAGCACUUUGGAUGCGCCGGUGUGGACGAGCAAAUCCGACAGCCAAGCGCUACAUAUGCGUGUAAGCAGUGCUCAAAACCUGGACAAUCCAGCAAAGAUCAUCUGCAAAUUCCAGGGAUCGGAACACGUUCUACAAAAGGAUCCAAGGCGGGUUCAAAGGUAGGCUCCAAGAAAGGAAAAAAGAACCCAGGCCCACCAGAUAGCGUGACCUCCAGUGUAAGGGCUGUAUUGUUGUCAGAGCAGCUUAAACUCAUCGAAGAAGAGAAAACGAUGAAGGAACAAGCCCUGUUGGAAGAAGAAGGAAUCAGGAAACGGUUAUUAGAAGAGGAAGAGCGUCAGCUGGAAGAAAAGAAUCGCCUCCGUGACCGUAAACUGCAAGAGGAGUUGGAGAUGAAGCGUAAGCAGCAGCAGAUAAAAAAAGAAUCCUUUGAGAAGCGGCAGAUGGCAGAAGCGAGCAGUAGGAGUGGAUCGGUCGUAAAUUCCGACCAGAAGAUGAAAGACUGGCUAGCCGGUCAAAACCCUGGAAGAUCAGAUGGAAAUGUACAAGGGAAUUCAAACAUACCCCUUACAAACCCGAAUCCUGAAGACCCAGAACAUUCGCUAACGGUAGUUCCUCAGAAUCCUAUUCAACCAACGCUUCCGGACAUGUCGUUACCACAGGUGCCACCCCCUUCACCUCCGGUCGUAGGUCCUCUACAGAGUCUUCUCGCUUCAUUGCCCAACCCAUCUGUUCCAAUCGGAGUACCCUCUACUGCACCAGUUCAACUGAGUAACCCGGUUCCAAUACCGCAACCGGCGUCGACAGUUCCUGUUACCUCGAUUCGAACACUAUCGCAAACUCAAAUCGCUGCGAGACAGGUACUAGGAAAGGACCUGCCUGUUUUCUGCGGAAACCCAGAGGAUUGGCCCAUUUUUAUUAGUAACUUCGAACAUUCAACAACCACCUGCGGUUACUCGGACGCAGAAAAUCUCGUUCGACUUCAGCGGUGUUUAAAAGGGAACGCUUUCGAAUCGGUGAAAAGCCGAUUGCUCCUGCCAGCUAGUGUACCGCACGUCAUUCAGACCCUGCGUACGCUCUUCGGGAGACCGGAUCUUCUCAUCAGAUCGAUGAUGAAUAAAAUCCAACAAGUUCCGGCACCCAGACACGAUCGGUUGGAGACUGUUAUGCAUUUCGGCAUAACAGUGCAGAAUUUGGUUGACCACCUCAAAGCAGCGCAGCAGUUUAAUCAUCUAACGAAUCCGGUACUCCUUCAGGAGUUAGUGGAAAAACUGCCAGGCUCAUUACGACUCGAUUGGGCAGUCUACAAAACCCAUCGUCAACCCGUAACACUCGACACCUUCGGGAAAUUCAUGUCGGGUUUAGUGACAGCAGCAAGCGAAGUUUCCUACACCGUGCCGGGAUUCAGCGUUCAGAAACACACCACAAAUUAUGAAAGCAGAACCAUCAAACCGAAGGGUGGAAAUACUGGUAUAAUUCAAGCUCAUCUUGCAGAUAAAACUCCAGCGUCUACGUCCAGCAGCACUCCAGCUAGCACGAAACCCGGCAAGCAAAUAAACGUUUCAUCCAGCCACGUUACUUCCGGGGAAUCCCAGUGGCCACUCUUCCGCAUUCUUCCUGUCAUUUUAUAUGGCAACAAUUCCUCGCAAAUUAUAUUUGCCUUUAUUGACGAGGGUUCGUCGUACACUCUACUGGACGAAACCGUAGCGAAAGAACUGGGUGUCAAUGGGAAGACAGAAGCACUUACUUUGAAGUGGACGGGAAAUGUUACACGAGUCGAGCCAAAAUCACAAUGCGUGCAGCUCGACAUCUCCGGUAAAAAUAUUAGCUCCCGAUACACCCUUUCCAAUGUUCGUACGGUGAGUCGUCUCGUGCUUCCUACGCAAAGUAUAAAGUAUCAGGACCUAGCAAAUCGUUUUCCUCAUUUGCGUGGGCUCCCGCUUAGUGACUAUGAGUUGGUCGAGCCCAAAUUAUUGAUUGGUCUAGAUAACUUGAGCUUAUGCGUGCCUCUGAAACUACGCGAAGGAGGACCCUCCCAUCCUAUUGGAGCGAAAUGUCGACUGGGGUGGAGCAUUUAUGGGUAUGUUCCAAAUCAAGCAACGAAUUCGAUGAUUAUCGGGUUCCAUGUUGGAACAGUCUCGGAUCGUGAUCGUGAGUUGAAUCAACAGCUUCGUGACUACUUCACACUGGAGGAUGCUGGAGUUGCUGAGGCGCAUCAAGUUCAUGAGUCGAAGGACGAGCAACGUGCAAUACAACUGCUACGAGAGACAACACGACGCACAGCAGAUGGAUCGAAAUUCGAAACCGGUCUGCUAUGGAGUACUGAUGAACCAAACUUUACAGACAGUUACCCCAUGGCCGUCCGUCGUCUGGAGUCUCUAGAACGUCGUCUUCAACGAGAUCCAGAACUGAAGGAGCGCGUACAUGAACAGAUCUCGGAUUACGAAAGCAAAGGAUAUGCACAUCGAGCGAGCUUGGCCGAAUUGACUUCUGUUGAGGCUAACCGUGUGUGGUAUCUUCCUCUAGGCGUCGUGACAAACCCUCGGAAGCCCGGUAAAGUACGCCUAAUCUGGGAUGCGGCAGCUAAAGUGGGUGGAGUCUCAUUCAACUCCCGACUCCUGAAGGGACCUGACCUACUGGCGCCACUUGCAAUGGUCUUAUGUCAGUUCCGCCAAUACCCUGUGGCUGUAAGUGGUGACGUCAUGGAAAUAUUCCACCAGAUUAAAAUUCGUUCUCCUGAUUGUCAAUCACAACGCUUCAUAUUCCGAAAUCGACCAGUAGAUCAACCUCAAGUUUACGUCAUGGACGUAGCCACAUUUGGAUCAUCCUGCUCCCCGGCGUCAGCGCAGUACGUCAAAAAUUUCAACGCAGAUGAGUUCGCCAGUGAGUAUCCGAGAGCCGCAGUAGCCAUCAAGAACAAACAUUAUGUUGAUGACUACUUGGACAGCUUCGAGACCACCGACGAAGCGAUUGCGGUGGAGAAUGAAGUGAAACUUGUACACUCCAGAGGAGGUUUCACUCUUCGCAGCUUCUUAUCCAACGAACCUGAAGUUCUGCAAGGAAUAGGAGAAACAAUUACGGAGAAAGAACCCAAAAACCUACAUUUGGAACGUGAUGGGAAAUGCGAGUCGGUGCUAGGGAUGAAGUGGAUUCCGCAUGAUGACGUGUUCAUCUACGCCUUCGGUACGCGAGAGGAUCUACGGCACAUUUUGGAAAAUGGUCACAUCCCAACCAAACGCGAGGUGAAACUCGUCGGUGCCAAAACAAAAGUAGCACCGCUGAAGACGCUCUCCAUACCUCGACUCGAACUAAAGGCAGCAGUUUUGGGCGCUCGAUUUAUGGAAACUGUUCAAAAACAGCACACGUACACAGUAAGUCGACGGUUCUGCUGGAGUGAUGCCAGUACCGUUCUAGCGUGGGUACGCUCCACCGAUCAUCGGCGCUACCACAAAUUCGUAGCCGUUCGAAUAGGAGAGAUUCUUUCUUCUACGCAACAGUCAGAAUGGCGGUGGGUGCCAUCCAAGCAAAACAUUGCGGAUUUUGCCACCAAGUGGAGGAAUGGUAUGCCUGUGACAAUCGACAACCCCUGGUUCCAGGGACCGGCCUUCCUCUACGAGCCAGAAGAACGUUGGCCUAAGCAGCGAACAAUCGUCCCAACAGAAGAAGAGCUUCGGCCAACUCGUUUCCACGCCACCCACUUCGCUCCGAACAUGGUAUUCGAGAGGUGUCGAUCGAAGGAUAAAUUUGAACUCGGAAACCUUACCAGCGAAGAACUUCGACGGGCCGAGGAAGAACUGCUGAAAACCGCUCAAACCGUGUAUUACACGGACGAAAUCAACAAACUCGUCAAGACUCAAGGGUCACCAGAGAAUCACCACGUCACCGUAGACAAAUCCAGCCCUAUCUACACCAAGUGUCCAUUCCUGGAUGAGAACGGCGUUCUGCGUAGCCGUGGUCGAAUUGGUGCUGCACCACUGGUAUCAUCGCCGCUUCCGUCAUGCCAACCGAGAGACCAUCUUCAAAUACCUGCCCUAAGACGACUGUUGGAUAAAGUUGAACGCUCAUGUACUUUCUGCAGGGUAACCAAGGCGAUGCCAAGAUCUCCAGCGAUGGCUCCGCUUCCCGAGAUGCGUCUGACAGCAUUCACUCAACCCUUUACGUUCACCGGGUUGGACUAUUUCGGUCCGAUGCUUGUGAAGGUUGGCAGGAGCAACGUAAAACGCUGGGUGGCUCUCUUCACAUGCCUGACGAUUAGAGCGAUACAUAUGGAGAUUGUGCACUCGCUAAGCACCGAAUCUUGUAUUAUGGCAGUACAACGCUUCGUCGCACGCAGAGGCCUUCCCAGAGAAUUUUGGACUGAUAAUGCCACCUGCUUCCAAGGUACCAGCAAUGAACUGAAAGCACAUAGGGAAGCAAGUAACAAAGCUCUAUCUGAGAAGUUCACUACAACAAGCACCACCUGGAAGUUCAUCCCCCCAGCUGCUCCACACAUGGGUGGAGCGUGGGAGAGACUCGUUCGAUCAGUGAAGGUGGCGAUAGGAUCAGUUUUGAACGUCCUGCGGAAGCCAGAUGAUGAGACAUUCGAGACGAUCAUCUUGGAGGCAGAAGGAAUGAUAAACUCCAGACCACUUACUUUCAUUCCGUUGGAAUCCGCGGAUCAGGAGGCCCUGACUCCCAACCAUUUUUUGUUGGGAAAUUCUUCUGGGACAAAGUUCCUGCCUACUGAACAGAUGGACAACCGAUGCACACUACGAAGCAGCUGGAAAUUGGCCAGGUACAUCACGGAUGAACUCUGGCGCAGAUGGCUCAAGGAAUAUCUCCCGAUGAUCACACGGAGAUGCAAGUGGUUCGAGGACGUGAAGAAUCUAGAGACCGGUGACUUAGUACUGGUAGUUGACGGGGCGGCGAGGAACCAGUGGAUACGAGGAAGAAUUGAGCGAGUUUUCCCAGGACGAGACGACCAGUAG